CCUCGCAGCUCCUCAGCCGAAACUAGAGAGAGCACAGGAGCUCAACAACCGAUGGGUGCUUACACUUACGUGUCGGAGCUAUGGAGGAAGAAGCAGUCCGAUGUGAUGAGGUUUCUGCAGAGGGUGAGGUGCUGGGAGUACCGCCAACAUCCUUCUAUUGUGCGUGUAACUCAUCCCACUCGCCCUGACAAGGCUCGCCGCUUGGGGUACAAGGCCAAGCAGGGUUAUGUGGUCUAUCGUGUGCGUGUAAGACGAGGUGGACGGAAGAGACCAGUUCCCAAGGGUAUUGUAUACGGUAAGCCAACAAACCAGGGUGUCACUCAGCUGAAAUUCCAACGCAGCAAGCGUUCAGUGGCUGAGGAACGAGCUGGUAGGAAACUCGGUGGCCUUAAGGUUCUCAACUCUUACUGGAUCAAUGAGGAUUCAACAUACAAAUACUUUGAGGUAAUCUUGGUUGAUGCUGCCCACAAUGCGGUCCGUAAUGACCCCAGGAUCAACUGGAUCUGCAAUCCUGUUCACAAACACAGGGAGCUUCGCGGACUCACUUCUGCUGGAAAGAAGUACAGAGGUCUCCGUGGAAAGGGACACCUGCACCACAAGGCUCGACCUUCAAGAAGGGCCAACUGGAAGAGGAACAAUACACUCUCACUCAGGCGUUACCGUUAAAUUUUGUAUUGUUAUUUGGUGUUUCUAUUAUUGCCCUAGUUUAAUUUGUGUUAAAAAAGUUUGAACUCCGAGACAAAAGUUUUGUGGGUUAGUUUUCUUGAACAUGGUUAAUUUUGUUGCCUUGAGGCAAUUUAGUUGUGUUACUUGAACCAGUAAGGGGUGUUUUAUCCCAUGAAUUCCUUAGAAAUUUGUUGGAUUAUUUAUCCAGUAA